CCCACCUUCAAGCAUACAACGAGCCACUUGCCACAGUAGGUCAACCACUAUCUCGAAACCAACAUUCAUCAUAUAACCAUCGUCAAAAUGGCAUGGCUCUCUCGAGGAGUCACUAUCGUGGGAUUAGUACUCCUGACACACGCUUGUUACUCGGCUCAGGAGCAUGCAGCUCUCUCAUCGACCAUGGCGAAGCACGCGCUUUCACAACAGUCUAGCCACACAUCACUCCCGAUCGAUAUAUCAAUAGAGACAAUAUUCGCAACACUUGUAACGUGUCUCGGACUAGUGCUCAGCGCGCGACCGCUCAGACCAAUUCAGUGGAACGUUUGGGCAGGCAAGCUCGAACGAGAGGGCGAGAAAGGUUUCUUAGAUGGAUCAGGGUCGGUUGACAAGGAUUAUAGAGGAAGCCCAUUUGCGAACCUAGAAACUCGACCUGGGUUUGUCGAUAUACGAGCUCAGAGAAAGCAAUUCAUCAACUGGUCAAAGACCGCCGGUAACUAGACACGGCCGAUGGGAAUGAAUAGCGAAGAUUGGCGAAUAAAUUUUCAAGUUAUAGUACUACUUGCAUUAUAAAAUGUGCGCUCUAUGCAUACCGGAGCCCAGAUUUACCGUGACA